AUGAAAAACUGGAAUUAUACAGCUGAGCCUGACUUCAUCCUGAUGGGCCUGACAGAUUCCAAGGAGGUCCAGCUGGUCCUUUCUGUGCUGUUUCUCCUGAUAUACCUGGUUACUGUGCUGGGGAACACAGGGAUGAUUCUCAUCAUUCUUCUAGAUGUCCAGCUUCACACCCCGAUGUAUUUUUUCCUCAGUCAUUUGUCAUUCAUUGAUGUAAGUUAUUCAACUGUCAUCACACCUAAAACCUUAGAGAACAUGCUGACAUCGACCAAGAACAUUUCCUUCAUGGGAUGCUUCACACAGAUGUAUUUUUUUGUCCUUUUGGCUGGUGCUGAGUGUUUCCUUCUCUCUUCAAUGGCCUAUGACCGCUAUGUGGCUAUCUGUAGCCCUCUACACUACCCAGUCAUUAUGUCCACAAGACGCUGCUGUGCCCUCCUCAUUAUGUCUUAUAUGAUGGGAGCUAUUGAUUCCUCUGUCAAUUUGCUUUAUAUGAGCACAUUGAGUUUCUGCGACUCCAAAAGUGUUAUUCGUCACUUUUUUUGUGACACAUCCCCAAUUUUAGCCCUGUCCUGCAGGGACACACAUGACAUUGAAAUCAUGAUACUCAUUUUUGCAGGUUCUACACUGAUGAUGUCCCUUAUUACAAUAUCAGUAUCCUAUGUGUCAGUUCUUCAUACAAUUUUGAAAAUCAAGUCCACUGCAGGAAAGCAAAAAGCCUUCUCCACGUGUGCCUCUCAUCUCCUGGGAGUCACUGUCUUUUAUGGCACUCUAAUCUUUACUUAUUUAAAACCAAGUAAAUCCUACUCCUUAGGAAAGGAUCAAGUGGCUUCUGUGUUCUACACCAUUGUGAUCCCCAUGCUGAACCCACUCAUUUAUAGUCUCAGAAACAAGGAAGUGAAAAGUGCUGUCAGCAGAGUCCUGCAGAAGAGAGGGAUCCAGGAAACUAAGCUAACAGUGAUUAUAAGUGAUUGA